AUGGGCAUAUCGUCCUCCAAGUCGAGUACUAUCACCGUACGGCCGAGUGCUGCUGAUGCCGCACCUGCUGCUGCUGAGGAAGCCGCUGGCGAGAUAGAAGAGGAGAAGGUCACGGUAAUCAUACUUGGUCCUCGGUGGGUGCGUGACAAAAACACAGGGCAACAAUAUGUCGAAAAGAAUAGACGAAGAGACGACAUGCUUGAACGGCGUGGUGAAGUAACUCAUGUUCUACGUGAACAGGGCAAGAGAUUUUUCACGAGACACAAAGACGGAACUAUGCAAAUGGAUCCCAGACGGGCACCGAUUGGUACCUUUGACCUGCAACACCUAAUGCAGAGCUCAUCAAUCUCGGAUGAGCAGUCUCAUCGCUACAAAACACGACCUUCGCAGGCGGUUCGGGAGAGCAGACCAUCACUAGGCAUCGAAGAACUAUGGAAUCUGACAUCUGCGAACAUACAAGUUUUGGACGAUCAUCUACUGUCCGCUCAUCCGACGUUCUCCACGCCGCCCGAUAGACAGCAACCAUGGGUCCGUAUGGCCGUGUCCAAGAACACAGACGACAGCUUCCAAGCCAUGCUUCUCGAGCGCGGGAUACUUUUUGCCGAAACAAAAUGCUGUCAGAGCCCGUAUGAAGCAGUGUUGGAGAUGUUCGAGCACACAGGUACACUGGUUGCCAAAGUGCUGGCAGGAGAUGUGCGAGCAUUGAGAACUGGAGGCCAGAAGGAGGACGAGACUGUCAUGAGGUUGGAUCUGAUGCGGAGAAAGCCCGGAGAAAGUUUCGAGACGGCGUGUGAGCAGUGGACGGACGAGAAGGGACGAAGAAGAUCCAGUGCGCAAGAGCUCGAGAAGGAUGUCAUGAGGGGUGUCUGA